AUGUUUCUGGGAAAUGUACUAGAAACAUUAACCAAUAGGUUUUUGGUGAGCUUAGCUUCUGUAUUCCUACUGCCGCCCAGAAAAGGGGCAGGGCUCUGUAGCCGCCAGGACAGACGAGCACCCCAUGCCUAUACCUCCCUCCCCCCAGCUAAGUCCCAGGGCAUCAUGGCCCUACCUGGAGACUGGGCUCGUUCUAUAGGCUCAGAGAGCCUGGGGAGGGUGCCAACCCCACCUCUAGUAUUUUGGGAGACGGGGAAAGUGAACAGACUUUCCCUUCCCAAGCCCCUCAGGGUGGUUCCCUACCAGCCAGGCUUGCUCCUUCGAGAAGAGAGCAGGGAGUGA